AAUGAAUGGAAUUAUUGAACAACAGAAUGCGGCAUUGCCUGCGGUACAAAUGGCUGAACCACUGCAUAUUCAACGUUUGGAGGCCGCCUUGGAUAUGCGUCCAUUUAUGCAGCAGGCUAGGGAGGUGCUGUCGCGGCCAAUAACUAGUCCCGAAGAGUCGGAGGCAGAUGACACGCCUGGCGAGGAGUCAUAUGAUGAUGAAAGUGCUGCCGGUGGCAGCCGAAAGAAAAAAUCAAAGAAAGUGGGAACCAAGCAAGAACGCCAGGCAUUGAAGGCAUCCCUUUACAACUUCAGUGAGCUGACGGCCGAUCGUGAAUGGUUAUAUGAUGUGAUAAUGAGCGACACAGAUACUGAAACCGAUAUCAGUGAUGAAGAUGAUUAUGUAAAGGAAAUGUUGAGGACACAUAUGAAACAGCAGAAGCUAAGGGAGAACUAUUACAAAAAACCCACAAACACCCAAUAUGCCUAUUAUGGUAGUGGCCUUUUAUCAAAUCAUGAUAUGUUCACCGAACAUCAACAAUCCAUUGUGGGUGUAAGAAAGCGAAAACGUCGCACGAAGAAGGAGAAGCCGAUAAAAAUCGCCCCCUUGCCAAAGUUACCAAAAAUUCCAAAAAUACGUAAACCACGUAAAAUGAAACAUAAGUUAUUACAGGAUCCUCAGCGAGGCGCAAAGGAGAGUAAAGAAAAAUUACCACCUGUUCCGGGUACUUCUGGCAAUUUAAAAGACGAUGAUGAAGAUGUUGAUGUACAAUCAGACGUUGAAACGUCUAUGACAUUUGAUUCACGUGAUAUGUCAGCAUUAACUCCUGGCUAUUCGGGUAGAGGAAGAAGGCGAAAGAGUCAACAGGGUCUGCCGCGUACACCCGAGGCAUUGGCUGCAAGACGUAAACGUGUAUGGCAACUUAUGGCCAAAAAGGAGCUGGGUAGAUGUCAACGUGCUCGCAGCAAUAAUCACAAAGAAAUGGUACAGAAUUGUAAGCGGGCCGCUACAAUGUGUAUGAAGGUGGUACGCCAACGAGCAAUGGCUUCACAAAAAGUUAUGAAGGAAACGGUUUGGAGGGCAAAACGUCUGACUCGAGAAAUGUUAUCAUAUUGGAAACGUUAUGAGAGAGUGGAACGAGAUACACGUCGUCGCAUGGAAAAGGAGGCUGAGGAGCAACGUAAAAUGGAUGUAGAAUUAAUCGAGGUUAAACGACAACAAAGGAAACUUAAUUUCUUGAUAACCCAAACGGAACUCUAUGCUCAUUUUAUGUCGAAAAAAUUGGGUCAAGGCACCGAGGCGGAACAGCUGCGUAUUCUCAAUCAAUUGGAUGAAGAAGCAAAUCCACGUUUGGCAGCCUAUGAUGAUUAUGAUCCGGAAGAAAUGAAACAAUUGGCUCAACAGCAGGCCGAAGAGGCAUUUGUCAAUGAUCAAAAUAAGGCAAAGAGAUUUGAUGUUAGCAUUAAAAAAGAAUCAUCCGGGCAUAAUGAUUAUAUUAAGGAGGAAGAUAAACCUCAGUCCCUGUUGACAGAAAAAACACAAGCCGAUCUACCGCAGCCAUCAAUAUUCAGAGGAUCUCUGAAGGCAUAUCAAAUAAAGGGUAUGACCUGGCUGGCCAAUAUUUAUGACCAAGGCAUCAGUGGCAUUUUGGCUGAUGAAAUGGGUCUGGGUAAAACUGUGCAGUCCAUAGCCUUUCUUUGUCACAUUGCCGAACAUUAUGGUGUUUGGGGUCCAUUUUUGAUUAUCUCUCCCGCUUCGACGUUACACAAUUGGCAACAGGAAUUGGAACGUUUUGCCCCAGAUUUUAAUGUCGUCCCCUAUUGGGGUUCACCAAAUGAACGGAAAAUUCUUCGACAAUUUUGGGAACAAAAAGAUUUACACACCCGCGAUGCCAGCUUUCAUGUUGUCAUCACUUCCUACCAACUAAUUGUUUCCGAUUAUAAAUAUUUCAAUCGCAUCAAAUGGCAAUAUAUGGUAUUGGAUGAAGCUCAAGCCAUUAAGAGUGCCUCAUCAAUGCGUUGGAAAUUGCUAUUGGGUUUUAAUUGUCGCAAUCGUUUACUGCUCAGUGGUACACCAAUACAAAAUAGUAUGGCCGAAUUGUGGGCCCUACUGCAUUUUAUUAUGCCCACGCUCUUCGAUUCACAUGAUGAAUUUAAUGAAUGGUUCUCUAAAGAUAUCGAAUCACAUGCAGAAAAUAAGACUGGUAUUGACGAGAAACAAAUCUCUCGACUACAUAUGAUUUUAAAGCCGUUCAUGUUGCGACGUAUCAAAAAAGAUGUUGAAAAUGAAUUAUCAGAUAAAAUAGAAAUUAUGGUCUAUUGUCCGUUGACAAUACGUCAAAAACUUUUAUAUAUGGCAUUGAAACAAAAAAUCCGCAUCGAAGAUCUUUUGAAUUUGACUCGAGGUGGUGGUGGCACAACUGGUGAUGGUAGCCAUCACAUAGAUCGUAAUUUCACUUCGAAUCUUAUGAAUCUCGUUAUGCAAUUUCGUAAAGUGUGUAAUCAUCCAGAGUUGUUUGAACGUCGCGAUGCCAAAAGUCCAUUUGUAAUGAAGUGUCAGGAAUAUGUACUGCCACGAUUGGUAUUCGACGAUGGAUUGCUGUAUAGAUCUCUGCCAAGUCAAAGGCAUUUACUUUAUAAUCGUUUUUCCAUAUUCAAAGCCGACUACUCACAUCAUUCCUUGUUCCAUGAACCAUCAUCACCCUCAACCUCGAAUGCUCAACUGAAAUCGAAUGAGAAUUAUCCCCGCUAUAUAGAUUUAAAUGUGGCCAAUGAAGGCUGUUUUAGUUUCACACGACUCUGUGAUAUAUCGCCCAAAGAUUUGGAAGAUACAACAAUAAAUGGUUUAAUAACACUACUACAACAUUAUCGCCGUAAAGUAUUACUACAACAAUUGUUGGCCUAUCGCCGACAAUGGUGGUCGCCGGAGUAUAAAACCACAAGAUUUCAGUUACUCGAACCCACAUUGGAGAAUCCUUUAAAUAAAAAUUAUCUCUUUGAGACAAGUGUUAUAAGGCAGCUAUUGUUUACGGGAUUGACCUCCAAGGAAAGCUCAGUAUAUGCCUUUGGCGACUACAAAACCUGUAACAUGCAAGAGACCAUCGAACAUCGGGUGAUACGUAGCAAAUAUAAACAAAACAUUGAAGAAGCUGAAAUUAAAAAUGAAAUGCUUGAUGAGGCUGAAUCGGAAUUAAUUAUGAAUACAGCGGGUGGUUCAUCGAAUAAUACCAAGAAGCUUUCCAAAGAACCAUUACGUCUACUGCCAGAAUUUGAACAUAAGCGGCGUUUGCCGCAAUACUAUCAAUGUGAACCAUUGGAUAUGCCACGUUUCCUAUAUGGACUCAAUCAGAAAGUUAAUACCUAUAAUAGGCAUUUAUACUGUGAAAGUCGUGCCGCUGCCUGGUCUCAAAUACGCCAUUUGCAUUGUGAAAAUCCUGAAGGUCUGGAAGUUGUUAAUUCUGGCAUGGAAUUGUUGACACCCAAAUUUGGUUGGUCCUCUAUUGUUAUACCCGAUAAGGAAACACUUAUUUCGGAUGCUGGUAAAUUAUCUGUAUUGGAUAGUUUAUUGACUCGUCUCAAGGCUGAAGGUCAUCGUGUGCUGAUUUAUUCGCAGAUGACCAAAAUGAUUGAUUUAUUGGAGGAAUACAUGUGGCAUCGUAAACAUCGAUAUAUGCGUUUGGAUGGUUCCAGUAAAAUAUCAGCCCGUCGUGAUAUGGUCGCAGAUUUUCAAUCACGUCAGGAUAUUUUUGUAUUUUUGCUGUCCACAAGAGCCGGUGGUUUGGGUAUUAAUCUAACGGCUGCCGAUACGGUCAUUUUCUAUGAUUCCGAUUGGAAUCCCACCGUUGAUCAGCAGGCUAUGGACCGUGCACAUCGUUUGGGUCAAACGAAACAAGUUACAGUAUAUCGUUUGAUCUGCAAGGGAACAAUUGAAGAGCGCAUUUUGCAAAGAGCACGAGAGAAGAGUGAGAUCCAACGCAUGGUUAUUAGUGGCGGCAACUUUAAACCCGACACCCUGAAACCAAAGGAGGUUGUUUCGUUACUCUUGGAUGAUGAGGAAAUAGAAGCGAAAUAUCGCCAAAAGAUUGAAGGACAACAGGAUUCUGCAUCGGCCAGUAGCAGUGGUAGCGGCAAUAAAGAAUCUGCCGGAGAGAAAAGAAAGCGGCAGCCAAAGGCAUCUUCAGCAGCAGCAGCUACUAAUUCCGUUGGCGGCACAACCACACCAGCAGCCACUCCCAGUGGUGUUGGCAACACCAUCGGUAGCACAACAACUAACAGCAAUGAUGAUUUAUGGCAAAGUUCACCAUCAGCAAAACGUCUAAAAUUAGAUGUGUCAGCAGCUGCCGCAGCAGGGGUCUCCACUUCAGCAUUGGAUGAUGAUUCCAUAGAUGUGGCGGCUUCGGAAACCUCUAGCACAUCACAGGUUGCUGGCACAAGCACCAGUGAGACAUAUGUCCCUGGGGCCACACCAAUUUUGGCCAAUGACGAUUCGGAGAAUGAAGCGUUAAUUGUCGAUUGUGAAAGUCCUCGGGGUGGUGGAGAAUCGCCGAGUAAGUACCUAGAAAUUUAA